AUGGCUACAAGAAUCCUCCGCCAUGUACAGGUCCAACUUCCAUCCUCGACUCGUAUCCGCAUGCGCAUACGCAUCCUCACCGCCGACCUCAUGUCUAGAUCAACGCAGUGGAAGGCCAUGACGGUCAUGACCGUCGAUGGCUUCGGCUAUGCUCUGGCCAAGUCCGCGCAGACUUUUCUGAUCGAACAAGCUCUAUGUCGAAGCUUCUAUGCCAUCAGUGACCCCGCCGUCAUCCGCCCGGACGGUAGUGUGCCCGAGGACAUGUGCAAAACAGAGGACCUGCAAUCACAGGUCGCCUUCUUGUCCAGCACGCUCAACUUUACGCUCUUGAUAGCCAGCUUCCUGGCCACACCGGUAUUUGCCCGCUUGGCGUUGACCGUCGGAAAGAGGACUGUCCUUCUCAUCAACGCGGCGAGCUACAUGUUGCCCCGAAUCCGGGUGUAUAUGCUUUGGCGAACUGACACACCCGAUGCCCAAGUUUACUUCUAUACCUUCACCGACGUCCGCUGGGUGCUUUUGCUGUGGGUUCUUGAGCUGGUGGGAGGCGGGAUGCCAGUACGAGAGGUCUUGCUGUGGAUGUACAUGGCGGAGAGCGUCCCAGAAGACAGACUAACGGGUGCUUUUAAUGUUCUGAGCGCCAUUCUGAUUGGCAUGAUGUCUGUCGGGACUUUUAUCGGCGCUCUGCUUCUCAGGCAGCAUAUCUGGCUGCUGUGCUCGAUAGUCAUCUGCAUUUGCGCCCUGGUCAUCCUAUUGAUCUGCCUGCUUCCAAAUCAUCACAAAUCUCUCUGUUCCGAAGAAGAAAACGUCUUGGAUGGUGAGGACAGUCCCCGUUCAUCCGCCUCACAGGUGUCAUCACCAGCCACUUCGCUUCUCAAUGGAGAGCAAGAUGGCCGCAUCGCCUCGCAACGUCCUCCCCCCUUAUGGCAGACCGUCCUUCGUGCUGCCACGGUUGAUCUGCUGCUCUCCAUACAGUUCGUCGUGCAGGCGCUCCAAAAUCCUCUCACCCUAAGAGUCAUGAGCAUAUUUUUCACCUACACCUUGGCCGGGACUGUUUCGGGCACAUCCCAGCAAUGGGCCUCGAGCACUUUUCAUACGAGCCUGGCCGACGUGGACAAAAUCACUUCCAUGGAACAGAUCAUCUCUGCCGUUGUCCUGUUUUCUCUGCCCACCGUUUCGCAACGACUGCUGCGACCACGCUUGCGUAGCAAACAGAACACAGACCUUUGGGUCAUCACAGCCAGCUUGGUAUUUUGUGCGUUUGGCGCCCUGGUCAUGUCCUUGGCGCCGUCUAUUGGCACUUAUGCUCUGGGGGUGGCCGUCUCUGCCCUCGGCGUUGGCCUGGCCGAUUCAUUGCGGUCGUUCGCCACCAGUGCCUUAUCCGACACCGAGACGCUUGAAAGCCUCUACAUGAGCAUCCGCACCAUGCAGUCAUUGGCAGCUAUCGUCGGCACUCCGCUGUGGGGAGGCAUUUUCCUUCUGAUCUUGAAAAGCGACGGAGGAUUGCCGCCUGGCCUUCUCUUCUUCGCUACUGGUUUCGUCUUGCUUGUCUCCCUGUAUUCAACGAUACCGUUGCGCGGGUAUAGAUAG